CCGAAACAGGGACAAUGGCUUUCUUUGUGAAAAAUAUGAUAAGUAACCAGGUAAAGAAUUUAGGCUUCGGAGGUGGGUCUGAAGAGAAGAAAGAAGAAGGAGGUGCUUCGGACCCCGCAGCAGCUCAAGGGAUGACGAGAGAGGAAUAUGAGGAGUACCAGAAGCAGAUGGUUGAAGAGAAGAUGGAGAGAGAUGCUGCAUUUACUCAGAAAAAGGCAGAGAGGGCUUGCCUCCGAGUCCACCUCAGGGACAAAUACAGGCUCCCAAAGAGUGAAAUGGAUGAGACCCAAAUCCAAUUGGCUGGGGACGACGUGGAUUUGCCAGAAGAUCUCCGAAAGAUGGUAGAUGAAGAUCAACAUGAGGAAGAAGAGAAGGAUUCUAUCCUUGGGCAGUUGCAGAACCUCCAGAACAUGGACUUGGAUACCAUUAAAGAAAAGGCACAGGCCACCUUCACAGAAAUCAAGCAGUCAGCAGAACAGAAGUGCUCUGUGAUGUGA